GUGAUACUGACAUGAAGACAACAGGUGAUGACGCGGGUGAAAUGGUACGCAAGGAAGAUGCACGUACAAAUGAAAUGUGUGAUACUGACAUGAAGACAACAGAUGAUGACACGGGUGAAAUGGUACGCAAGGAAGAUGCACGUACAAAUGAAGUGUGUGAUACAAACAAGAAGACGACAAGCGAUGACGCGGGUGCGUUGGUACCCAUGACAACUGACUUGGAGCGUUCGUGUACCCAGGAGGGUCUAACCAGCACCAACCUGCUACUGCAGGAUGUGUGCGGGUGUCUCAAAGCCGAUCAGCAG